AUGAAUACCCAGAGCGAUAAAGAACUGUUUGAUUUUCUGGCAAAUGCUCCAAAAGAGUUUCGUGAUGGAGAGAGAAUCAAGAAAUUUCAGUUGAAAAAUGGAGACUACAUACACUGUGUAUUGUGGAACAUGCACUUUUUUGUCACUGGAACAGACAUAGUCAAGAUACUUGUAUGGAGAUUCCAGAAUGCUGGACGAUGUCUAGCCAGUCUCAAGAAGUUUGAGGAGGGCGUAUUCUCUGAUUUGAGGAAUCUGAAGCCAGGGAUUGAUGCCACACUCGAAGGGCCAAGGAGUGAGUUCCUUGAAUUCCUUUACAAAAACGGAUGUAUUCGGACUCAGAAGAAACAAAAGGUGUUUUAUUGGUAUAGCGUUCCACACGAUGCAUUGUUCUGCGAUGCUCUUGAACGAGACCUCAGGAGAGAGACAAAUUUAUUUACAUACAACAAAUACAUCAAUAAUCUCAAACGGAAUAGCAUGCUUCCUCACGGAGUAAAUGGAUUUGGAAGCCACACAAGGCAAAACAGUAAAAGAGUUGGGGUAGACACAGACUCUGCGUAUUUAAGAAACAUGGAAAGUAGAGUCAUGCCGAUGAAUAUAGGAUACAGCAAAAACGAAUCAUCAGACCUUGCUUUUGAACCACAAAUAUACAAGGCACCAAAUCUUUCAAUUAAUCCAAAAAACCCUUCCAGUGUUUAUGAUAAGCAAUUCGAAGAUAUCCAAAGAAACGGAUUCAUGAAUCAAUAUGCAUACAGCGACUUCAGUAUCAAGGACAAGCUGUUUUCUUCAAAUAGCCAGAAACUUGAUUACGGCUCACAUAGGCUAGAAGGAUUGUUUUGUAACGAUUUAUUCAACAAUGCAGUCAACGAAAGCCCAAAGGCUGCUUCUGUAAACAGUCUACAGCCGCAGUGCAUAAACACCGGAUCUCCGCUGUUCUCAAAUAGAAUACCUGAUGAAUUUCCUUCUCUUGAGGAUUUUGAUUUCAUCAGUGAUAGAGCAAAUGAUAACGAACACAUUAGCAACUUGAAAAGUGAAAGUGCUGGCCAGAGAAUUUCCCAUGAUGGUGUUUUGCUGAUUCCAAAUACAAAGGGAACACUGCAGAAGUAG